AUGUCGUCUGGGAGUAGAUACGAGGCCUGUGACGAUGCCGAUAUUGACGCUCUUUUACAAACUAGGGAUAGUAAAAACACCCAAAAGGUGGUGAAAACCGCCCUGAAGCUCUUACAAGACUACCUUAUUGAAAAAUAUGAAUUAAGCCUCGAGGAUAUGGAAAAAUUGUCGAUUGUGGAGAUGUCCGAAAAACUGAAGAGAUUUUACGCUGAACUGAGAAAACCCGACGGAAGUUACUAUGCCAAGAAAUCAUUAAUAACAAUGAGGUUUGGACUUCAAAAACAUUUUUUAAAGAAAACAUCAGUGGAUAUCAUUAAUUCAGAUGAGUUUAAAUCAUGCAACGAAGUUUUUAAAGCUAUGUUGGUGAAGAUCAAGCGCGAGGGAGCACCCGAGGUAAAACAUAAACAAACAAUCUCAACAGAAGAUCUAAACAAACUUUAUGAAAGUGAAGCAUUUUCUCUGAAUACAGCUAUGGGGCUGUUAAACAGAACAUUCUUCGAAAUAGUUUACUACUUUUGCAACCGUGGUCAGGAAAACUUGAGAAGCUUUCAAAAAACAGAUUUCUCAGUGAGAACAGAUCCAGAGGGGAAAAGAUAUGUGUGCAAAGUCAAACAUAGGGAGGAGAAAAAUCAUAGAGGGGACGAUCUCACGGACGACCAAACAAAUCAGGCCAGGAUGUACGAAAUGCCAGGAAAUCCCCGUUGCCCUGUGAAUAGUUUCAUGAAGUCUAUUGUGAAGCUGAAUCCUGAUAACCCAAAUCUAUGGCAGCGCCAUAAAUCAUCCGUAUCAGAAACGCAGUCGGUUUGGUUCGACAACAUUCCCCUUGGAAAAAAUACGCUUGCGGCGAUGAUGUCCACUAUUAGAAAUUCUAAUGCAGCAGCUUGCAGUGACUCUGGUGUACAGGAGAAUCAGAUUGAUUUCUUAGAUGAUUUUGAUGUCGACACAUUUUUUGCCGGAUUAGAAAACGUUGAACUACACAAUGUUAAAAGUGUACAAAGCGCUCCAUCAGCUUCCUCUACAAAAAACACUGAAUGUGGGGUCAACAUACACAAUUCUACUGUCAACAUUAACAUUUACACAAAUAAACAGUAA